AUGAAUAAUCUCGUCCGAGUUCAAAUACUUUUACUCAUUUUUAUCAGAGAUGCCGUUUUUUCUUUUAUAGACGAAAGACAUGAGAGUUACGCAGCUAUAUAUACAAAUGAGCUUUCUCUUCAUAAAUUUCGAUUGGCUCGAUCGUCUGAUAAGAACUCCAAAACAAUCCGGGGUAUCUUGACGUUUCCGAAUGGAACGUUAUUACAUGCAAAUAGAGUCUCUCCGGAAAAAGUUUUCAAUGAUGAAUAUCCCAUAGCAGUGCUUCGAGAUCUUCUUCAGCUGCCGCAAUUAUCAGAAUUGCGUCUGGGACCUAUUCGUAUAGGACGAGGCCAACAUGAGCCGGAUGACCAGUUGCUCAAAGCUGUUAUUAUUCUACCUGACGGACGACGUUUCCGAGGGUUUCGAACAUUUCAGUCGAAUGAUGGGCAGCACAGUCGAUACAUCAACAAAGGAAAUCUGGGAGCUUUCAUCUAUGAUUCAAAUGCCCCUACAGAGAAUACCGAGCCAAUCACAAAACUUGAAACUAAUAAAGAGCAUCAUCAUCGAGAUUCUUUCUACUUACGUAAAGGAGAGAUAGGAGCCUAUAUUUAUGGUUCGCUGCAGCAAUCGGAAGAGGUAAGAGCGCAAUGUAGAAUAAAAAAAAACCUACAAAAAGGAGAUAAACGACGUUAUCUUGUUUUACACCAAGAGCCAUGCGAACCAAACCAACAACAUAAGUUAUGGAAAUUGAAGGAUGGCCGAGAGAUUGUCUAUUACGGAGAUCCAGAAUACGUUCACAUGUAA